AUGGCUUACAAUAAUAACAACGCUACUGUUCUCCUCGUCGGCUCUACUGGCUUUGUCGGUGGUAGAAUUCUCAACGAGCUGAUUCAAGCUAAGCAUAACAAUAAGAUUGGAAAGGUUAUCGCCGGUGUGAACCAUGCAACACACCUUGCAAACGUCGAUCAAACUAUCCAGCUUGAUUACCAUGAUGAUGAAAAUCUUAACCAGCAAUUGAAAGACGUAGAUGUUGUGAUCUCAGCGAUCAGUAUCACACCAGAUAGUUUAACUAAUGUUGACAAGCUGCUGACAGCCAUGGCAUUCAAUAAAGUCAAGCUCUACAUCCCAUCAGAGUAUGGCGUUGACUACAACAAAACACAAUACAAAUCUCAUCCCGUAUUCGUCGCUAAAUCGCGUCACAUUGAAAAAGCCAAACAAUUCGAUUUUAAGACAGUCAGUAUCUACUCGGGCUUGAUCAUGGAAUUCACAUUUGGUAAGCUUCUUGACAUGAAGGAACUCGAGUGGAAGUUGGUAUCUUCCAAGCAGAAAGUGGCGCUCACUUCUCUCAAUGAUCUUAGCUCAGUAAUAGCACAACUAGCUGCUACACCUCUCGAAGACGUCAAUAAGCUGAAGAGCGAGUUGCGUGUAUUCUCAGAUUGUAGAAGCAUCCACAAAUACGCCAGGGUUUUCGAAGAUCAAAUACAUCAGCCGAUUGUGCUCAUUGAUGUCAACAGAGCGAUCUACGAAAAGACAUUCGCACUCCUUGAGAAGGGAGAAUACACUGGUGAUCAAUUCGAAGCAUUUAAAGCCACAGUACAUCUCAUCGCGAGCGAAGGCUCAGUUGAUUUCACUGCUGAUAACGACAACGGUAUGUUCGAGAUUGAUUGGACAACAGUAGACAAAUACGCUGCAUUUAUUUGUCACUCUUAA